CCACCUGGCAGCCGGGAGGAUCCUGCACGGUGCCGCCACUGCCCCUUCCCGGGAUCUGUACCUGCCAUUCCUUACUGGAUCCGUAUUUGCACAUGGAUGCCAUGGAUUUCCCCGAGAAACAGUGAUCUACCCCCCCCCCCAGUGCAGGGCUUCCAGUGAUCAGGGUGGGCAGUUGUGGAGCGGAUCCCUGCAGCCCACGUGGGUCCAGGCUCCAUUCUGCCCUCCUGCUCACUUGGGUGUGAAUCAGCUGGGCUGCCCGGAGGGUCUCCUCCAUGUGCUUUGGAUUGGUGCUGACUGCUGCUUUUGGGAUAUUUGGAGGGACCCUGCUCAGCGUCAGCCCCCUCCCUGGGCAGAUCUGCCCCUUGCAGGAUGAGGGGACCAGGAUUUUGGGGGAUCUGGCUGCCCCUAGGAGCUGUCAUGUGCCUGAAAGGUCUAGUGACGCCGCUGCAGGUGAUUAUGGAUAAGGAAAACAUUCAGGUGGCGCGCGGCCAAUCCGCCGGCCUUUUCUGCUCGUUCACGACCAGUGCGGCCCUUACAAACCUCAACAUCAUCUGGACGGUGACCCCCCUGUCCAACGCCAACCAGCCCGAGCAGAUUAUUAUUUACCAAGGUGGACAGGUCUUCACCAACGCUGCUCAGUUCCACGGACGCGUUGGGUUUAUGCAAACCAUGCCAAGCACCAAUGCCUCAAUCUACAUUAACAACACCCAGCUAUCCGAUACAGGAACGUACCAGUGCAUGGUCAACAACCUGCCCGACCGCGCCGUCCGCAACAUAGGAGUCGUCGGCUUUACCGUUUUAGUGCCUCCUUCAGAACCGCUGUGCAACGUUCAGGGGUCCUUGGAUAUCGGCAGUGAUGUAACUCUGACUUGCAGCUCCGAGGAGGGGAUUCCCAGGCCCACGUAUAUUUGGGAGAAGCUGGACAGCGCCCCCAUUCUUCCCGCUUCUGUAAUGCAAGACCAAUUUCAGGGGACAAUUUUGUUGAGAAACAUCAGCACGGCGUCGUCGGGGCGCUACCAGUGCGUGUCAUCCAAUCUCAUGGGCGCCAGAACCUGCCUUCUAGACCUGCAAGUCGUGGCCCCUCAGCACCAAAGCGUGGGACUCAUUGCCGGAGCGGUGGUGGCCGCGGUGUUGGUGUUGAUACUCUGUAUCAUCGUGGUUGCCGUGGGGUUGUCCUACUGGAGGAACAAACAUAAAGACGAGGAGGAUGAGAUCCCAAACGAAAUCAGAGAGGAUGAUCUUCCACCCAAAUGCUCCUCGUCUUCCAAGGUGUUUCACCCCGACGCCUCCUCCUCUGAACACGAGACUCUGACGUCAACCAACACCUACAACGGACACUACUGGCCCAACGGCAAACCUAACUAUACCAGCGGGUCUUAUGUGCACUAUAACUGCAACGGCUGUCGCCAGCCCUCGGGUCGCUCAGCCGCAGGUCCUCAUCGGGCAACGUAUGCCAACGGUGGGCAACCAGUUCCAGGUCCUCCAAAGACAUUGGUAGUUACAGCUAACACGGCGCCAUCCCCUAAAGCCGGAACGAGGAGCAAUGGCACGGUCGGUAGGAAAGCAAAGCCCUCCCAAACGAGGUCUUAUGCCGUGAGCCAAGCCACGCUGGAGAGAAUAGGCGCUGUGCCGGUGAUGGUACCGGCCCAGAGCAGAGCCGGAUCUUUAGUAUAAGACAGGAAUAGAGUUCUGCAGCGACAAAAAAAAGAGAGCGAUGUUAGCGUAUGGGCUGUUAGGAACCUUUCCUUGUUCCUCUGUCAGUUCCUUUCCUCUGGGCUGUCAAUUAACGCUGGAACAAGCCAAUCAAAUGCUCUCGGGGGAGAGGACAAAACCCUCGGACACGGAAUAAAAAAACGGGGAAAGGCAGGCGGUUUGCAGAGAUUAGAACUCAUCCUCGCAGUGCCAAGCACAGCCCAAGGGCUUCCAGCGCAGAAUAGCUUACGUGCCUCCCUCGCUCUCCCCCAGACCUUCACACACAUACCCAUUAAUGGCUUUAUUUUUCUAACACCUGCCUUGUUCGGAAUAUAUAUAUAUAUACGUGUUUUGCGAAUGGAGAUGGUGCUACUGGUCCCCUUGCAGAACGCCUGGUGGAAUAAUCCAGAGCGUAUGGGUCACUAACCUGAAACAGGUCUGUCUCUCACUAUAGCACUUUACCAAGGUCCACGUGGAACAUGGUCUACAGAUUCCCGCACAAAGGAACCGGGGGCAAGAUGAUGGAAACCGUAGGACGACUCCUUGACUCAAGCGGCCAAGGCUCAACCGAGUGGGAAUCGCUGAACUAAAACACUUUCAUACCCGAUCUGAGUUACCCUAGGUCAUUACUACAACGCUGAGAGCUUAUUCUGAAGUCUCAUUACUAUUACUUUUGCGUAAUUUAAACCCUUUUCGCAUAUAUUUUCACCGUUACCUCUAGUUAUUUAAAGGUUGUACAACAACCAACCAAAGUUGGACAAGCCUCAGACACCUUCCUCCAUUUUUUUUUUGCUUGUGUUUAACUUUUAGCUGAAUGUUUAAUUAUUUGCUGUUUUUUUUCUUUCUGUUCUCUUUCGUCGUUCAGUUGGGGCCCCAGAUAGGGUUUGGGAAUGAAAAAAUAAAUAAUAUCCACCUCCAAGGUGACCAUAAAACAUGUGAUAUAAUCCAUCUUUCGCAAAG